UCUAAGCAGUUCCCAUGUGAAAUCCUGCAAACUCCUAAUUUUUAAAUACAAUAAAAAUAUGUUGUAUCAUUGAACACAACUUCGAAAUUUGAUUCCUUUAGCUAUAAAAAAACUCUAUAAAUAACAACUAACCGAAACACAACUCCACCAAAAACAUAACUCUUUCUCCGCUUUCAUAAAUCAGAGUGUUCUUGCUAGACAUGGCUAUUCGCUUAUCACGUGUUAUCAACUCUAAACAAUCCCAAAAACAGCAACCUCGUGUCCCAAAAGGACAUGUUGCGGUUUAUGUCGGAGAAGAGAUGGAGAACAAGAAGAGAUUCGUAGUUCCGAUUUCGUAUUUGAACCAUCCUUCGUUUCAGGGGUUGCUCAAUCGAGCAGAAGAAGAGUUUGGUUUCAAUCAUCCAAUUGGUGGAUUAACGAUUCCUUGCAGAGAAGAAACAUUCGUGGGACUUUUGAGUUCUUAUGGUUGUAUUGUUUCAACUUGAGACAUUUUUUGGGAAACCCCAAAGCUUUUUUUUCCUUUUUAAAGAUUUUUUUUUUUUGGUUGUUCCCUUUGUUUAUUUCCGCGAAGGAGAACAGAUUAAACCAGCAUGUAAAUAUUUUGUGUAACCAGUCAAAUCAGGUUAUACUAUUUAUGUACUUCUA